AUGGCUCAGCUUCCGCAGCCGGAGCUGCCGCCUCCGCCGCGUGAGCGGCCCUGGUUGCUGCCUUCUAAUCGCAAGCUCAGACACCUCCAAGGCAUCACCAUCCGCAACCUCACCCUGUCGCUCGCGCCUGGGAGAUCUCGUGGGAAGACCAUCGAUGAUGAGGCAUUGCCGAGCACACUCAAGUCGCCGACCAAGACGCUGGCGCUGCGAGAGAGCAAGGCCUUGACCUAUUCACGCUCGUCCAGCGACCUGAAGAGCAUCCCGACAACGCCCACGCGACCAGCUAGGCCAACAAAGGCCCUGCGCCGCCGGUCGACGCUGGAGUGGACCAAUGCCAGCCCAUUGACUCGCCAGAAGAGGCUGGAGGACAUCACAGCAGGACGCAUGGCCGACACCUUCUUCACGCUGCACAUCGAGGCGCAGACAGAGCCAGUGUAUAUAUCUGAAGUCGCCGAGAAGGCCAUGAACCCCAACUUCAAGUUCUUUGACCUAGACCCGUGUGGGCCAGGCGUCACUCGACUCGACAAGCUGACCGUCAAACUGUGGGCCAGGAGCGAGACGAUGAGCGACUGGCACUUCUUGGCCGACUACACUGUACACUUUGGGUCGCUGCAAUUCAUCGGGAAGACCCUGGGCAACUUCAGACAUGCAUUGCCCCAGAACUGUGUCCUGUUCCACAUGACCGACGGCAUCUACACCAGCUUUACCGACCUGCCGGUGCAGGCACGGGCCGGCCAGGAGUUGCUCGCGCCGCCCAAAGAGAACCCAGACGGUCGCGUCUUCAGUUCGUCGUCUUACGAUGCUCUCAUGCGGCUAUCGACACUCGACGACUGCAUCCAAGAUGCCCUGAUCACCAGAGAUCGAAUUGCCGACGAAAUCGAGACCAUCUUGGAGACGAACAACGAGGCACUCUUGACGGUCGAGCAAGUGCCUGAAGCGGAGGAGAAGCUCAGGACUGUUCAAGCCGCAGUGACCGCUGAGCAGCGCAGGGUCUUUGCAAUGCGCCGACGUCGAGACGAACUCAAAGCGAGUAUACAGGCAAGAAGAGAGAAGAUGCAAGCUGGGCGCGAAAAGGGCGCGCUCAUAGCGUCUGAGCUGCCGACGCGUAAAGAACUGUGCAAAGAAACUACUGAAGCACUUGAGACUACAGCAGAAGACAUCGCCGGUCAACGAAGACGGAUCUGUGAGGACAUGCUCAACAUCUACCCCAUCGAUGCCUUAGCGGGCAAGUCGCUUGCCUUUACAAUACGAGGCCUCUUACUACCCAAGUCCCACUUCGACGACGCGAAUCCAGAUGUCACAUCUGCGGCCCUCGGCCACACAGCCCAAGUUGUCAGCAUGCUGUCGCCUUACUUCUCAGUUCUACUGCCGUACCCAAUAUCUCUCCACGGCUCGACAUCGACCAUUGAAGACCCACUAGCGAUGGGCCACAACAACGCGAACAACCCCCGUACAUACCCUCUUUACACGAAGGGUGUAGUCCGAUACCGCUUCGACUAUGCUGUAUUUCUUCUCAAUAAGAAUAUUGAGAUCCUGAGCAACGCCCUCGGCAUUCGGCCGCUGGACAUCCGACAGACGCUACCGAACCUCAAGUACUUUCUGUAUGUGGCCACGGCUGGGAAGGGCGAGCUGCCAGCAAGGAAAGCUGGGGGCAUCAAGGGCCUGCUUCGACAAGACGGACUCGGAUCUAGGAAGGGUAGCAUGGACAGCACGGGGACGGCGAGCAGUUUCGGUGCAGAUGCCAAGGGCAGCACAGGGCCGCUGAAGGUUGACCACCUGAGUGCCAACGGCACCCUAACUGGCACUCUGAAGCAGAAGACUAGCAUGCUGCCAGGGAGUAGGCUGAGACCCGCUGACUGA